AUGAGCCUCCCAUCGCGGUCACUCUCCUCUUCGCCUCCCUUGCUGCUGCUGCUGCUGCUGCUGCUGCUGCUGUUGCUGCUGUUUUGCCUGCCUGUGUAUCUCCCGACCGUGGAGGCCAAUCCCACAGGGUCGCGAAUGGCCAUGGCACAGAUCGAUCCCGUCGCCGGUGGCGGUUGCAAAGGACAGAUCGCCCUGCUGCCGGCGGCGGCCGAGCAGGACGACCUCCUAUCGGUGUGGAUGCCACAUCCGGUGACCGGCGAGCGGUCUCUCUUUCUGACCUGCACUGAUCGACGGCGCUAUUUCCAAACCCAGCAUGUAAACAUUGGGCGGUCUUCCCUGCGUGUCGGAGCGGCCGUCUUCCCCGGAGAAGACCUCCUGCUCACUUCCCCCUUCGACCCGGGUUUCUUCUUCGUGGAUUUUCUCUUUCGCCAACAGCAUGCCACCCUGGCCGCCAUUGUCGAGUACAUGAGCCCCGCGGAGAUCUCACGCUCGGAAUGUGUCCGUCACCUUGGUCGAGUGGGGCUCCUGCCGACCGGGGCCGACCCGAAGGACCCUUUCGAGGUGACUUUUUGUCUGGAUCACAUCCGGCCCUUCCUUGAUGGCGUACUUGCACGUGUAGCUUCCACGGCGCCUGGCCGCAGUAACCUGGCUCCAGGCCAGCGAAGCCGGCCACUGCGCUUUGCCUUGGAUUCCCUUCGAGCUUCGGCCAUCUGUGCAGGUCUGGCCGAGGCGCUGCAUGAGGCUCGAAAGGCGGAUCUCGACGCCGAGGAGGCUGAGAUCGGCCGCGCCCUGGCGGCCAAGGAUGCCCCGGCCGCCGAAGACGCCAUCGCGCGUGCAUUGCCCACGGCCGCAUCGCCGGUCGCGACUGCAGUCUCCACUCCACGAGCGGCCGCCGGCUCGUCAGCCGGCUUGCUGGCACAGAUGCUUCGCGACAUGCCGCCAGCAACGCCGCUCCACACGCCCCGGGCCUCGGGGGCGGCUUCCCUGUCCGCGACUCCCUGCACAGCCGGCUCGAGGGUUCCCCCGCCGCUGCCAGAUGGGGCGGGAAUCCGGAGCCCGAAUCCGGUUCUCGGACGUGCACCGCCAGCCACUCCCGGCACGGCUGUCGACCGGGACUCGGCGACCACCCCCUCGGGCAAUGUGGCCGGGACACUGGUGGACUUGGACUUCGAAACACCGGUCAUCGGCAUGGCCACCGACUCGGGCGCGCCACACUGGCCGGGGCUGGCGUCGACCGACCGGGGUCGGCGUGUGGCCCAGUCGCCGCUGGCCAAGCGCGCCCGCCUGGCCGAAGAUCUGGCCCCCUCUCCGGUGACGCCUGGCUCUUGUCUGAGCGAUCGCGUGCUGCAUGCGGCGGCCUCGGCGGCGGCGGCCUCGUUGCAGCGACUGCCGCCAGUCGGGGAUCUUGGCUCCUCCGGUGGGGAUGCGGCCCCUCCGGAGGCUGGGGCUGGGGCGGCUGGCCCGCCCAGCCCGCCAACUAUCCCAGAGCCCGCUCCCUUCGAGGCCGAGCCGGCUGCCGCUGCAGCCCGGACGAGAAUCCCCACACGGCGGAAGGCCGCCGGCCCGAGCGUGCCGGCCGGCCGGAAAGCACCGGCCCGGCGACAGCAGCCCCUCCCCGGCCAGAGCUCGAUUCUGGGCUUUCUCCGAGCCAAGGAUCCGGACCACCCGCCGAGCGGCUGA